AAUAACGCAGCGGCUAAUCUCAUAGAAUAUGCAAAGCUGCCAUCACCAGAGAGGCUGGAUGAAGACACAGAGUGGUUUGAGCUAAGUGGAUGGCCACAGUAUUACAUUCACAUAGGCUAAUAAUAAAAUUAAAUAUUACAUAAAUAAUAAGUUUACAGGACAACUACUUCGAUGGGACUGCCGGUGAGUUCAUUAUAACAUGGUUCAUUAACAACUGAGAAGGUGUGGACAGAUGGAGGACUGUCCAUGAUUUCGCCCGGGGGGGAAAAACGCCGUGGAUCCAUUAAGUGGACAUUUGAACGCUCAGAAAUUGGUCGAAACAUCCGUCAAGAGCUUGAUAAUACCCGAGGAAAAAAAGCGAACAUUUCGGACAAGGUUUUUACUGGAGUAAAUCUACCUGAGUCACCUGUUGGAGCGGAGCUGCUCUCUAUCAUCAGUCCAGCAGCAGCACUUUUCAAAAUCUGCAGUGAAGCCAUGGGACCGACCAGUGCUCCAAAAGGAUGCGAUUCCAGUAUCAGCUCCAUAUAUUACAACCUGUGUGACCUGACUACAGUGUGGGGGGUGGUGGUGGAGGCCUUUGCUGCUGCUGGUUUGGUGACUUCCUUUGUUCUGUUGGUCAUCCUCAUGGCCAGCUUACCAUUUGUGACAGACAAGAAGAGAAAGAGUAUGGUGGUCCUGCAGGCCGGAUUUCUGGUGUUUACUCUGGGACUCUUUGGGCUCACUUUUGCCUUCAUUGUGGGUCGGUACUCCACCAGCUGUGCUGCACGGAGGUUCCUCUUUGGAGUACUGUUCUCAGGCUGUCUAGCCUGCCUGGUCAUGCAUGGGUUGUGGCUUGCCCUGCUGAAGCGGAGAGGCCGGGGGCCCAGGAGCUGGAUGUUAUCCCUGGGAGCCCUGGGUCUGUGGAUGGUCGAGGUGAUCAUCAACACUGAGUGGCUUAUCAUCACUGUGGUCAGAAGCCCACCUGGAGGUGUAAUCAUCCCUGACAUGUUCUGCAGCAUUGCUAACCAGGACUUUGUGAUGGCUCUGAUCUAUGUGAUGGUUCUGCUACUAGCUGUGGUGCUGAUGGCUGGGCCCUCACUGACACACAAGCACAAGCACUGGCGCCGAGAUGGAGCCUUCAUCCUGGUCACAGGGCUCUUCACCAUGGCCAUCUGGGUAGCUUGGACUGUCAUGUACAUCUAUGGGAACAGAGUGGCAGGAAAUCCCAGCUGGGACGAUCCUACUCUGGCUGUAGCCGUGGUGUCAAAUGCCUGGGUGUUCCUCUUCCUCUACACCAUCCCAGAAAUCUGCGUACUAACCCAGGAGGACCCAGACCAGGAGCAGCAAUUUGAUGAACCCGUUUAUCCUGCCAGGAAUCUGGUUUAUGACAAUAUCCUUAAGGAGCCGGAGCCACUCCACCAGAACGUAUACAUGGAAAAUAAAGCCUUCACUAUGGACGAGCCUCCAACAGUACCUUCAAAGCCAGUGUCUCCAUAUGGUGCUUAUAAUGGUCAGCUACGAAGUUGUGUGUACCAGCCCACUGAAAUAGCCCUGAUUGCAAAGGGUAUGACUAAGAUGGACCAAGAUGCGAUGAUGCCUCGAGCCAGAGCCCCCUCUCUAAAUCCAGGAAGUGGCAGCUCCCAGCCUCGUUCCGCCGAGUCCUCACUGUUUUAAGGACUGUAAAGCGCAAGAAGCUUGAGUCGAGGGCGUCACUUACACAAUCAGUUGUUUACAGCUAUGAAAUCUCCACCAGAGGUUUGUUCUCCCAUCAGAGUUCCUUGUAUCAAAUGUUUUUUGUCCUUGGCAAGAAUCUUAAAACAUGAACACUGUGGUGGUCAAUCUGCAGCAAUUACACUUUUUGUGACCUAGCUUCUCUCACACACACACACACACACACACACACACACACACACACACACACACACACACACA